AUGAAUUAUAUGGCUUAUGAUUAUGAUCCCCAACAUUCGUUGGAAACGUCCUUUAACAAUUUGGCGUUUCAUCCGCACCAACAGCCACAGCAACAGGCCUUAUACGAAUCUGGUGAAAGGAACGAUGCCAGGCCGGGAUUAAUGAACACCUUAGGACAGACGAAUAAAAUGAAUAAUUCCAUGCUUCCUCAGGGUUCAUCGGCUAGUCCCUUAACGGGUCAACAUAGCUUGAACGGUACAGCAAACUUCAAUAUGCCCGCGUCAAUGAAUACCUAUAAUUAUCAGAAUGUACCACAAGCACCUAUGAGAAAUACUAUUAAUCAUAAUAAUAUUAUGAAUGGGGCAACUGCUAAUGAUUAUUGGCUGGAUCCAAUGAAUAAUAUGACAAACAACAAAGAUACUAAUGGGAAUCCUAAUGACUCAAUGUCGUCAAUGUCUAAUAUGACUGCUAAGACCUCAAUCAAUAGUACGGCAUUCAAGAAUUCAUUUGUUCCUUUUAAUCAUGUGACAGCACUCUCAAUGAAUGAUAUUAAUAGCAAUGAGAUAAAUUCAAAUAAAGAUGACAGAAUGGAAACUUUGAGUGUAGAACUGCAAAUAAAGGAAAGUCAAAUUGAAUCACUCGAGAAUGAAAUUCAAAGGCUGAAGAAAAUUUUCAAUGAGGGGCUAAACUAUAAGCAGAAUGAAUAUAAGUAUGAGAAAGAGAACUGCCAUAUACCUCAAACUUUUGAACUUCCAGCUUCAUUGGAAGUGAUAUUUAGAAAACUAUCAUCUUCACUGCGUGCAAAGGAGAAAGAGUUGGCAGAGACGAAAGAAAAUUUGGAAAGUAUAUUAACUGCACUAGCACUAAAUCCAACAAACUCAGUGACUAAGUAUGGCAGGUAUGAUGCAGAGUCGAUUGCUCAUAAAAUGGUGGUAAGAUUAGAGAAUUUAACGAACGAAAACAAAGAAAUGGCCAAGAUGUUGGCAUAUGGCAGAUCAAAAGAGACUCAAAUUGAACUGCAGUUGGCCAAAAAAGAGAAUCUAGAAUUAAGAGAGAAGAUCGCAUCUUUAGAAGCCCAUUUGGCUUCAGAAGAAUCUUCAAAAGAAAACGUUGCUAAUUGA